GCUAAUAGGCCGAGUAGUUGAAGUGUAUAUUAGAAGUUAUAUAAACCUAUUAAUAGAUAUUAAUACUCAUUAACAGAGAGAUGCAGAGAAGUUGAGGAAGAUGGAAGGAAAAGAAGAAGAUUACGAGGUUGAAGGAAAGAAGCAAGCUGCUGCAGAUGUUCUAUAUAAUUAUUCAUCGUUUGCCAUGACAUGUAUUGGAAAUCAGGUGCGACCUUGUGACUUGAGGAUGCAUCUAAUGAAGGAGAUCUCUGGCAUGCAGACUUCUCUGAAGGAGUCCUCGCAAAAGCCUGGUUCACCUAAAGCAGGAACUGCAUCAAGCUCAGGCAUGCAACUUGAUAAAAAUGAGACUUUUCGAGCACUAUUAGCUUGAAUUUUGUACACUAAGGAGGAUUGGCAUAUUAUAGUGUGCUGUUGAUGUAAUAGUAAAACCCUCCAUAGCCCAAGAUACAGUUUCCUGUGCAGUAUAACCAA